GAGUGUAUGUGACUGCUGUGCCAGUCAGCAGAGCAGGACAGAGUGCUCGGUGGGCAUCUGUGAGACUGGACACACCAGCACCAUUCAGAGCGGAUAUGAACAGAGGUUUAGAAGAACUUAACUAAGUUUGUAUUUCUUCCUAACAGCUGAAAAGAGAGAGUGAUUUGACUUUGCUUCGUAGAUACCAGCGACAGCAACAUGAAGUGGGUUCAUUUGGUUUCUCUGCUCUUAACUGUACUUACAGGGCUGGUGUGGUGUUCAGAGGAUGAGACUCGCCUAGUUAAAAAUCUGUUCACUGGAUACAAUAAAGUGGUCAGACCUGUCAAUCACUUUAAGGAUGCAGUUGUGGUCACUGUAGGACUGCAGCUGAUCCAGCUUAUCAGUGUGGAUGAGGUUAACCAGAUCGUCACUAGCAAUGUGCGUCUGAAACAGCAAUGGAAGGAUGUGAACCUACAAUGGAACCCAGAGGACUAUGGAGGGAUAAAAAAGAUCCGAGUUCCAUCUACUGACAUCUGGAGACCUGACCUCGUUCUCUAUAACAACGCAGAUGGUGACUUUGCCAUUGUGCAUGAGACUAAAGUUCUACUAGAGCACACAGGAAUGAUCACAUGGAACCCUCCAGCCAUCUUUAAGAGCUACUGUGAGAUCAUUGUACUUCACUUCCCCUUCGACCUCCAGAACUGCAGCAUGAAACUUGGAACAUGGACCUUCGAUGGAAACCUUGUCGUCAUCAAUCCUGACAGUGAUCGGCCAGACCUAAGUAACUUUAUGGAGAGUGGGGAGUGGGUGAUGAAGGAUUACAGGAGCUGGAAGCACUGGGUAUAUUACGCCUGUUGCCCCGACACACCCUACCUGGAUAUCACCUACCACUUCCUCAUGCUGAGGCUGCCGCUGUACUUUAUCGUCAAUGUGAUCAUCCCCUGCAUUCUCUUCUCAUUCCUGACUGGCCUGGUCUUCUACCUGCCCACAGACUCAGGUGAGAAGAUGACCCUCAGUAUCUCUGUCCUGUUGUCUCUCACUGUGUUCUUGCUGGUGAUCGUUGAGCUGAUCCCCUCUACCUCCAGUGCUGUUCCACUCAUUGGCAAAUACAUGCUCUUCACCAUGGUCUUCGUCAUCGCCUCCAUCAUCAUCACCGUCAUCGUUAUCAACACACACCACCGCUCCCCUAGCACACACACUAUGCCUGCUUGGGUCCGCAAGAUUUUUAUUGAGACCAUCCCCAACAUGAUGUUCUUCUCCACUAUGAAGCGGCCUUGUAUAGAAAAACAGACAAAGAACAUUUUCGCUGCUGAUCUGGACAUCUCAGAUAUCUCGGGGAAGCCGAUGCCCACUGCUGUGCCCUAUCAGUCACCCAUCACCAAAAACCCAGACGUGCGCAGCGCUAUAGAGGGCAUCAAAUACAUUGCAGAGACCAUGAAAUCUGAUGAGGAGUCCAAUAAUGCCUGCGAGGAGUGGAAGUUUGUUGCCAUGGUUCUGGAUCAUAUUCUGCUGUGUGUGUUCAUGUCAGUGUGUAUAAUUGGAACAGUUGCUGUGUUCGCCGGACGACUCAUUGAGCUGAGUGUGUUAUAACAUGGUUAAGACGUUAUAUUCAUGUUUUAGGGACCUUCACAUUAUAUUACUUAUUUUCAUAUAUUACAUAUUACUUACACUCAUAUUUCAGGAACUAAAUAUGCAAAAUUAUAAUAAAACAUAGCACAGUGUCCACUGCCA